UGGAACUGUCAAGGCGCUUCUAGUCUCUGCAUUUCGUGAUUAUCCUUCUCUCUCUCUCUUUCCGGCGUCAUUUUCCGUCGCCGGUCUCGUAGCCCUAGAAUUUGCUUCGUUCCACUCAAUUGCUCCAGUUGAAGUUGCAGCCGCGUCGUUAUAUUAUCCGCAGGUAGGACUUAUUUGUUUGGUUGUUCUCUUCAUGAAGAAAUUGUAGCUGUUUUGACCUUUGAUGUUGUUAUUUGCCAAUUGGAAUCCAGUGAUUGUGUUAUCUAGGUGUAUUUUCAUAAGAAAAUGGGCAAAGCUAGAAGAGCGAGACGCAGGAUUUCUGCUCGACGGAUCAGAGCAAGGCCAUACAAAUUCACAUCUUCAAAGCGAGUUGUAGGGAGGAGCGUGUUUGCAAACAACUGUCCAAAGGUGAUGGAGAAGAAUGAGUGGGCGGAUGCUGUAUGUUCGGUUUGCAUGGAGUGUCCACACAAUGCUGUUCUUCUCCUCUGUUCAUCUCAUGACAAAGGUUGCCGUCCAUAUAUGUGUGGAACUAGCUUCCGUUAUUCCAAUUGCUUAGAUCAAUACAAGAAGGCGUCGGCUAAACUAAUGCCAUCACAUCAGCAGCCGAUCAAUAGUAAGUCUGAGCUUGCCAAUCUAAAAUGCCCACUUUGUAGGGGGCAGGUCAAAGGCUGGACAAUUGUGAAGCCUGCAAGAGACGAUCUGAAUCUAAAGAAGAGGAGCUGUAUGCAGGAGAAUUGCUCUUUUGCUGGAACCUUUAAGGAGCUGAGGAACCACAUGAAAAUGGACCACCCUUGUGCUCAGCCGCGUGAAGUGGAUCCUGAUGUGGAGCAGAAAUGGAGAAGUUUCGAGACUGAGCAGGACCGAAACGAUGUGAUCAGUACAAUCAGAUCGACAAUGCCUGGUGCAACGGUUUUUGGGGAUUACGUGAUAGAGAGAGGUGCAUACGGUUCAGAUUCAGAUUCAGAUACGGAUGAUGAUGAUGAUCAUGAUGAUAAUGAUGUGCAGAGGGAGGAAGAAGGCAGGAUCGGUGCUGGGAUAGGUAGGAACCUAGUGAACGUUUUCCUUCUGUUGCAGGCAUUUGGUGCAUCAGGAAACAACAACAAUUCCACUGCUCUUGGAUCUGACACAUCCCAUGAUCUAGCAUCGGAUGCAAAUGACUUAGUGAUCAACCAGAGCGAUGUGGAAUCCUCUGGACAGGAGGAGGCUGGGGCUAUGUCAUCGGCGAACCGGAUCAGGAGCCAAAGAAGGGUUGUCAUGGGAAGAGCAGUUAGUAGGAGACGUAGAGAUAGAGAAGCUAACCAGAACUCAGACCAUCCUAGAUGAUACAAUAUUCUAAAGGAAAAUCUCUAUUGGGUUGUGUAGAAGGUACAAAAUUUAGUUUCCAGAAGUUGAAAAACAAAAAACGUAUGUGACCUGUGAAACCCUUUCUAUGUUUAACAUUUUUGGGAUUUUUACUCAAAUAUGUUUGCAAGUGCAUCAAGGUUGGAGAAGGAGGUUUGGGUUACACUCUUCAUUCUGUUCUUUUUUUUUUCUUAAUAAAGAAUGUAUUCUCAUGUAAUAUUCUGAUUUGCAAAUUAUGUUGUUUAUAUUCACUUAUGUAUCCUUCUGAAUUAGGAAGGCCUAAAAGACCAAUCUCUGUCUUCAUGGA